CAUAGGCUCCUGCCUCUUGCUCUUUCUCUCGCACUGCCCCACUCUGCAGACUCAGUGCCUUAUCCAGUCUUCUCUUGCUCUCUCCGCUGUUGUAGCUGGACCCUUCUUCGCCUUCUCCACUGCUCAGCAUCUGCACAUCCCUACAAUGGCUAAAACAGCGAUGGCCUACAAGGAAAAAAUGAAGGAGCUGUCCAUGCUGUCAUUGAUCUGCUCUUGCUUCUACCCAGAACCUCGCAACAUCAACAUCUACACUUACGAUGAUAUGGAAGUGAAGCAAAUCAACAAACGUGCCUCUGGCCAGGCUUUUGAGCUGAUCCUAAAGCCACCUUCUCCUAUCUCAGAAGCCCCACGAACUUUAGCUUCUCCAAAGAAGAAAGAUCUGUCCCUGGAGGAGAUUCAGAAAAAACUGGAAGCUGCAGAGGAAAGAAGAAAGUCUCAGGAGGCCCAGGUGCUGAAGCAAUUGGCAGAGAAGAGGGAGCAUGAGCGAGAAGUCCUUCAGAAGGCUUUGGAGGAGAACAACAAUUUCAGCAAAAUGGCAGAGGAAAAACUGAUCCUGAAAAUGGAACAAAUUAAGGAAAACCGUGAGGCUAAUCUAGCUGCUAUUAUUGAACGUCUGCAAGAAAAGGAGAGGCAUGCCGCUGAGGUGCGCAGAAACAAGGAACUCCAGGUUGAACUGUCUGGCUGAAGGGAAGGCGGGUAUGGCACGCCCCACCAUUAGUAAAUCCCCCCGCCUAUAUUAUAAUGGAUCAUGCGAUGUCAGUAUGGGAAAUGUAUGACAUGGUUUAAAAAGAACUCAUUAUUAAAAAAAAAAAAUUUAAAAAAACCAUCGAAAAUAAAAAAAAAAAGUCAAUGCGGUCUCUUUGCAGAAUGUUUUGCUUGAUGUUUAAAAAAAAAAUACCUUGGAUCUUAUUUUGUAAAUACUUACAUUUUUGUUAAAAAAUACAAGUAUUGCAUUAUGCAAGUUAUUUCAUAAUCUUACAUGUCCUGUAACAGGCUUUUGACGUUGUGUCUCUCCACUCAAAUGAAUCUGCUAGGUCUGUUCUUUUUGAAGCUCCUCACAUCUAACUCCACUCCCUGCCCUUUCCAUUCCAACAGACAAAUGAGGUCAGUAGACAGCCUAUGGUGCUAGAAACCCACCAUUGCCUAAUGACCUAGAUGGCUUUGUAAUCUCUCAACUCAGCUAAAACCAUACCUAGAUCACAGGUAUUAAAUACACAUGAACCUCUACAUUUGUUUGCUCAUAGUCUACAAACUUCCUAAAAAAAAAAAAAAAAAAAAAAAAAACUACAAAACUAGGCUAAGAAAAACCAUCGAUCAUAGCAUUUACUUCUGCUUCUGCUUCUGCCAGAUUAUGGGCUACAAAUGUGUUUUGGCUUUAGAAAGGGAUGGAUGAGAAAACAGAUCUGAGAUCAAUCUAGGUAGAAGCAAAAAACUGAACCUUUCGAAGCGCUGAAUACAGAUCCAAAUCCAAAUGGUUCAAGCAACUGUGGAAUUGCUUUUCAUGAAGUGGACUGAAUUCUCUAGUUUACGUUCUUUUGAUGGAAUGAAUUAAUUAAUGUGUCGGGUGGCUUAUUUGUGGAUGCCAUGAUUGAUGAUGUUCAUGUUAAGCUUUUACAUAUAGUACCAGUACAUAAUGCUACUACAUACUUUUCCACUUGGAAACUGUGAGCUGGUUGUUGCAUUAAAAUCUUCACACAAAAUCAAAAGCACUGCGGACUUUCACUCAAGCUGGUCUUUCUUCCCCAGUGUGAAGCAAUUUUGCCUAUUAAAAAACAAACAAAAAAAAUUAUUCCAUCUAUGAGGGCUGACACAGUUUAGGGGGCUAGGCAGGGCAUUUGUGCCAACAAAGAGAAUCACCAGAUACCCACCAUAAGUACCUAUCGCAGUUUUGAAGUUGUUUCUUCCCCAAUUCCCAACUCUUGAAGGUUGCUGCCUGCAUAUUUAUUCUUCAUUAGUGCUAUUUUCCUGUAUGUCAUUGUGAGCAAGCUGUGAUUAAUAAAGAAUUGGAGUUCUGUGAACUAAUAAA